AUGCAUGAUUUGAGAGGGCACAAGGAUUUAUUAGCUGGACCUGUUAUCGAAGCUGUUGUGUGGCAUGAUGGUGAAGUUUGGAGGGCUGCCCUUGACACUAUGAGUCUCGAGGAUGAUUCAGGAUGUGGGAAACUUGCUGAAUUUGUUCCUCUGACUAAUUACAGGAUUGAACGGAUGUAUGGAAGCUUCAGUAAAUUAUAUGCAUGUACAUGUGUUCUUAAUGUGUACAAUGAAGUCAAAUAUUUGCGCUUAAUUGGUGACGAUCGGUUGCUAGAAGAUCACGACAAACAUGAGGAGUGCUGUCCGCCUGGCUUUAAUCCAAACCGAGAAUACGCUAUUGGCCCGAGAAGAAAGAUGGUGACAGAGAGGCUGGACGGGAUUUUUAGUUGCAUCCUCUCGCCACGUAUCUGUCUCCACUCUACCGGCCAGGGCCGCCGCCGCCUCACAGACGGUAGUUCACAAUUCACAAGCCGUUGUUCUUUCUCUUCCUCCUCGCCGCUCAUCGUCUUAGAGCUGCCCAUCCACAACCGUCUAAUCCCAAGCCCCCGGCUCUUGGAACUGUGGAACUCGGUCGACUUCAGCUUCAAUCAAGGGCUCGCUCCCAUCAAGGUGAUUGGAAGCUCUUUGAAGAUUUCAAUGCGCUAA